AUGCGCCGCGACCUUGGCUGCAGCAGUGGUCAAACUGACCGUUCCCGGACAGACCAGCCGGGACCAGGACCGCAGACCGUCUCCCUAGUUGGUCUUUCCUCUCCCCGAGCUCCUCCAGCCUUCCCGUCGACGCCGCCAUCUGCCCCAGCACCCUCUCCACCACCUGUCUUGCUCCCACCUGUCCGAUCCUCUCCACCACCACCUGCCCUAUCCCCUCUCUUCCCCCCACGCCUGGUCCACCCACGUGGCCAUGUUCGCCCAUCUAGCACUCUGCGCACGUGCGGCGCCGCCCACACUCUGGCGGCCGCCUGUGCCGGCCCCAAGUCCGCCCUCCGCCCUCAUAACCCGGCCACCUCCAGGUCUCGCUCGUACUCCUCCCCCACGCACCUCCUGCGGCGCCCCCACACCUCCACGUCGUCCUCCUCCGCGGCCCUUCCUCUGCGCCCUGCGAAGGACCUCGACUCCUGCCAGGAAUGA